AUGUGGAAUGAUAUUGAUAUUUUAGCAAAUGAUGACACUGGGAGCUGCCGUUUGAACAUAGAUUCACGGCAGGAAAGCGGCACGGCUUUAUAUCAAGUGGACACACUACUUAAAAUUUCAUCAACUGAAAAGGUGACUGUCAAUCCAAAACUAUUCGCCUGCAGUUCAAAUGAAGGAUGUGUAAUUGUUGCUGACAAAUCUGUAUGCCUCCUUGAUAGCAUUUGUCAGUCUCUGCAACUCCAGCUACAGUUUGAUACAGAAGUAGAUGUUGUGGGCAUUUGCCAUGAAGGACGGUUUCUGUUGGUUGGAGAGAGAAAUGGCAAUGUUCACCUUAUUCACGUGCUAUCUAGACAGAUCUUGAUUACAAAGGCUAUGGUUCGAAGUUGUGAAAAAGAUGGACAAACAUUUAAAAAAUUACUUAUAGAAAAAGACACUUCAGAUGAAGGUGUGUAUCACAUGUUCCUUUUGACAAAUGGAGGCCUCAGUUGUAUAAUGUACUUUCAUCUCGCAAGGAUAAAUGAUGCUGUGGAGAAUAUGGACUUCACUUCUGCAAAGGAGUUGGAAGGGAAGCUCAAGACUUCUUUCACAUCUACAGAAAAAUAUCACACUGAAGGUUGUUUGAAUUUGGUGAUUGGGGAUUUUUCAAGUGAUACUCAUCUGAUUGUUGGGGGAAGAGGUGAAUAUGCUCUCUCAAAAUGGAAGAUGGACACAGUGAAAAAACACAUUGCUAUUCAAAUUCUUGCUGAUUCAAGUAUGAUCCAAGGUGCAAAGAAACUACAGAUUUUGGACAACUUGCUGUUUAUUCUGGAUGAACAUGGCAUUCUGAGUGUAUGGGACGUAUACACUCUGGUUUUGAUAUGGGAUUGGCCUUCCUGUCGCAUAUCAGACUUUCUUUUAACAUCUGAAGGAGAUUCAUCAUCUUCAGUUACACGGCAAACCAACACUAACCUUAAGCUUAUAAUUUUAACACUUCCUGAUGAUAAACCGUUGAGAAACCUGGCAGUUUAUUCGUUGCCCACCAUGCACCAUUUAUAUUCAAUUGAAGUAUCAGAUGUUUCCAGUCUUGUUCAAAUUGGCAUUACAAUGGACACAAUAUAUCUUCUAGAGGGAAUAUAUGAUAAUCACGAGAGGUCAUCUGAGUGUCUGGUCAGCGUGCUUGCACUGAGAUGUCUAACGGAAGCUUUACCAGAAAACAGGUUGAGUCGAUUACUUCACAAGCUUAAAUUUGAGGAAGCGGAAAAGUUUGCUAUACAGUUUGGACUGGAUGUUGAGCUUGUGUAUAAAGUAAAAGUCAACACUGUACUGGAAAAAAUGGCAUCCGCAUCCACUGGAGGCUAUGGACAGUCCCUGUGGCAGGAGCUUGUGAAUGAAGCCAAAGACAGUUUGGUUAAAAUAAAGGAUGACAAUUUUGUGGCCGAGUACUGUGUUAAUGCCCCCUGGCCUACCUAUGAAGCAGCCUUUGAUAUGUUGAGUUAUGCAAAAACCAGGAUUCAGAGAAAGGAGGAAAAGUCGUUACCUGUAUCCUCAGAUGAUAUUCCCAUUUCCAUUACAGAUGUACUAAAAGCACAGGCCAGAUUGACUACUUUUUAUGGUGCGUUUGGGCCAGAUAAAUUCAGUGGAAUUGCAUGGAUAGAGUUCUUAAACAACAGUGAUGUGCUGAAAGACAUCUUCUAUCAGUUGGAAGAGAGAAAUUUGUCGUGUGCACAGUAUCUGUGGCUGAGACAUCAGGAGGAAUUUGAAAGCAAGUUUGAUGAGAAGAUUCUUGAGAAACUCCUUAGCAUAAUUCCUGCAAAUAUUCCUUCACAAAAAUUGUGCCUCUGGUUUAAAAACAUAUUGAUUCCAUUUGUGAGAAGAAUUGUGCCAAAAGGACACAGAAUUAUUGCAAAAUGGCUGGAGCAUAGAGCUCGAUCUCUAGAACUAACAGAUAAGGCGAACUGGCCAGAAAACGGGCAUGAGAUGGCGAAUGUAUAUUUUACAUCAAAGAAUCCUACAGAGCUUGGCAUUGCCUCUUCUUGGCUGUGGAUCCCUCUGAAAGAAGACUCUGACUGUGAGGAAGUCCAGCAGCUGAUGAAGCUUGUCACCAGCCUCCAGGAGUUGAUGGAACUAUAUAUUAUAUAUAUUUUUGAUAUUUCCCUUUACAUUUUGGAAACUACAACUACAAUUGUGUUUCGUAUGUUGGAUAAAGUCUUGGCUCCUGAGCUUAUUCCAUCCACUUUAGAAAAGUUUAUUAGACCAUAUAUGCAUCAGCAUAACCUAAAUGAAGAAGAACUUCUACUUCAGUACAUUAAGGAUAUGUUAGAGCAUUGCAGCUCUCGUUCUGCAUCACUGUUUGAAACUGCUUGGGAGGCAAAGGCUAUGGCUGUGGUUGGGUGCAUGACCGAUACAGAUUUAAUAUUUGAUGCUGUCCUUCAAAUAAUGUAUGGUGCUGUGGUUCCAUGGAGUGAUGCAGUGGAGCAGCUUGUCAAACAACAUCUAGAAAUGGAUCAUCCAAAGGUGAAAUUACUGCAGGAAAGUUACCGACUUAUGGAGAUGAACAAUCUUUUGCGAGGCUACGGAAUUAGGGCAUUUAACUUUCCCCAUGACAAAAGUAUAAUGGGUUUAAUCAAGUACAUCCUGAAGCAAGAUUCCCCUUCAUCUUUGGAAGAUGCUUUGAAAAUUGCUGAAGCAUAUCAACUGCCCACAGUAGAGAUUUACAUCUUUAGGCUUGUGCAGCUAAUUUAUAUGAACAGGGGGGAUGAAUGCUUGAAUCUUUUGAAGUCUAUUUCUCAGUCCGAAGCAGAAAUAACAGUUGAGCGCCUGUCUCUGUGGGCAAGAAUUUCAUUGCAGGAGAGUCCAGGCUCAUCUGAGGAGUGCAAGGAAGAUCAGAAAAGGAUUGCAAGUUUACUUGUGGACAUUCUCAAGUUCAGUGUGUGCAUUAUUAAAGAUAAUCUGUUAAAAAGAGAGAUUUUUGAAACAAACUUAAAAAUGUUUGAAGCAAUCUCUAGUUUACAGGGAGAUUUUGACAUAUUCCUUUCACUAGAGGAAUAUGAAAACCGAUCGUUUGUGUCUCAUCUUAGAGCAGAGCAUAUUAUCGCUUAUGAGACUACAAGGUCUAUGUCUAAAUCUGAAAAGGCAACAGAACAGAUUCCAAAUGCUAAUCAUCAUUCCAAAGUGCCAUCAACAGAGUCCAGGUUAUACAGACUUGCCUUGCUCCUACAAGUCACAGAGCAAGAGCUUGGUGCGGAACUAGCCUUGAGAGCCCUGGCAGCUGGAAAGGUUGAAAAGUCAUUGCAGAUCUGCAGGGACCUGUAUGAACAUCACUGUAAUUCUCAAACUGGAAGGUUACUUUUCCUUGUCUCCCAGAAAUUGUGCCAAAUGUUGGAAGCAAAUACGCCAAUGGUAAUAUCUCCUGGGGUGAAUUUGCCUGCAGUCACGUAUGAGUUAUCUUGUCAGGCAGCCACAAUAAGCAGUCCAGAUCUCUUGUUGGAUGCUUUGGAAAUUUGUAAAUAUACAAAUAUUGCUAUGGAGCUUUACAGGCAAUGUCAUAUUGAAGAUUAUGGUUUCAUUGCCAAAAAUGCCAGUUUUGGAGGUGACAGAGAUUGUUACAAAGAAUGGACCUAUGAUGAGUUCUUCAGUGAAGAUGGAAUUGUCCUGGAUUCCUUGGUGGUUUUGCCAGUUGCUUAUGAUUUAGCUACAGCUUUUGUUCCAUGCACAGCUGGUAAAAAGAUGUAUCCUAUGGAUUGUGCAAAUCUGGCUACCUGUCCAUGCACUAAAGGAGAAAACAAGCUAUUUCCUGCUAAACGUUCUAUAAUUGCACUACUGGAGAAUUUACAAGAGUCCAGCCAGUGUGAACUGACCCUGCAGCUCAUAACAAGGGCAUUUGGUACAUGUUUACAGCACAGUGUUUCAAAUUAUAUGGAUAUUAAUUUAACUGAAAAGUUGCAUGAUGAAAAGUUAUUUGCAGAAACGAAAACAUUUAUUUCAAUGAUGGGAAAGAAAGCCAAAGCUUUGAUUAAGGAUACAUCUAUGGCAUUGUUACACAAGGUUUUCAACUGUCGUUUGGUGGAUUGCAACCUUGCACUGGCUUACUGCACACUUCUACCCAGGACAGAAGUUUUCGCAAAGUUAUGGGAUGUCAUAAACAACACAUGGCAAAACUACAACAAGGUUUUGGCAGUAUCUGUCGUUGGAGCCCAGCUGGCAUUUUUAUGUCGUGAAAAUGAAGAGAGAGAGAAAUUUCAAGAGCUUAUUACAGAUGCUGAAUGGGGUAUCAAGCUCAGUACCUUUGGAAUCUCCUUCCAGUCUGUCUUCCGACAGGGACCGCAACAGAAGAAGGAACUUAUUUCAACAUUAGUUCAAAAUUCAAGUGUGGAUACAGCACUCAUACUUAAGUAUUGCAGUACCUUUAUGUUGGAUAGUGAUGCUGCACUCCAACUUUACAUAGAAACGCUGCUUCUGUCUGGCUCAAGCUGGAAACACAACCGUGGGGAUUGUGCAGGCGAUCCUGAACAGCAUGCUCAGCUGGUGGCUAAAGCGAAAUCGAUCAUUCCUCUGCUAAAUAGCACACAGGACCUAGUUGUAAGCCUUACGGGUAUACUGCAAAAGAUGGAUCCUUAUGAUUAUGAAACUAUUGAGGGGACCUUGCAAGUUAUAAUGGCUGCUGAUGAAAAGAAUACCAAUAUCCAGCUAAGUCAGGCUUUAAAUUUAGUUAAUCAUCUGAAAUCUUACAAGAGGAUUGCUCCUCCUGCUGAUAUAGAGCACCAGUACAUAUUGGAACAGGGUAUUGCAAUGUCCAGUGCUGUACACACUAGACUACCCUUCCAUUUGCUUUUCUUCACAACUUCGUCAAGUUUCUGGGCCAUCAUAUCUGCUGAGCUAAGCGAAGAGUCAUUUCCAUCAUUGCUGCUCAUCUCCAAGCUCAUGAAGGUUUCACUGGACACUUUAUAUAUGAACGCUGUCAAACAUGUGUUUGAGAAAAGUUUACGACCCAAAGCACUCAAACUUAAAAAUAAUGAAUGCUCUUCCCUUCUUAACAAAGAAACUGCAAAAACUGUGCUCACUAUACAGUCAUACCUUCAGUCUAUUAGUAACCCAGAGUGGGCUGCAGCUAUAGCUCACAGAAUUGCACAAGAGCUUCCAACAGGACCAGAUAAAAUCCACGCAUUAAAAUUUUGCUUGCAUUUGGCUGAAAACUGGAAAAGCAACACAUCUCCUAAGGUGGAUGCUUACGAAAGGGCUGAAGUGCUGAUAAAGAAGCUUACUGUGCAGUACCAACGUUCAGCCACAGAAAAUGUUCUGAUAACGCACAAACUAAAUACUCCUGACUUUUUGAAACAGAUUGGAAAACCAACCAACCUCAUUGUUUCACUAUAUGAACACGUUAGUGUGGAAGAAAGGAUACGAAAUCCAACAGGCAGGGGUUAUCCAGACAUUCACGCUGCAGCAAAGCAGAUAGCUGAAGUGAACAACUUGAGCAUGAGCAAAAUUCGAGACCUACUCCUUGACAAAUGGCUGUGUCCAACUACCCUACCACAAGCUGUAAAAGACAAAGAUGUAUAUGGUGACAUACAAGGGGAUGAAGACCUCAGCAGAGUACUAUAUCUUCUCCAACCUCACCCUGUAGAUUUCAGCUCAAGAAUGCUAUAUGCGAUUGCAACUUCUACAACUUCUCCCAUUGGAGAGAAUAAACUGACAUUUGCACACAGAAGUCGUGCUUUGCAGUGUUUGAUCCAUUUAGCUGACACAGAUACUGUGGUAUCGCUUGUCAAAAAACCUAUUGACCAAGUGAAGUAUUACCUAAAGUGCUGCAUUUACUUGUCAGAGUUUGAAAUCUUGAACAUACCGUAUACCCUUGAAUCAUUCCACAGCAGUCCAAAAGAGGGAAUGAUUAAAGGUCUUUGGAAAAACCACAGCCAUGAAGCAAGGGCAGUAAGAUUGGUAACAGAGCUCAGUCUGGAAUAUCAAGUUUAUGAUCCUCAGCUCUGGAGUGGAUUAUUGCAAAAGUUACUUGGAUUUAACAUGGUGACUUACCUGAGAAAGGUGUUAAUUGCCAUCACUGGAAUUCACUGCCUCUGGGAGGUACCAAAUUUCAGCCGAGCAUGGCGCAGUGUUAUUCUAGCACCAUUCACUUGUGCCUCCUGCCCGCCAAGCCCCUCACAGCUUAUCGAAUGCUACCAGUCUUUCAUAGUUCUCUUAAAGUGUCCUGUACUUGCUGAUCUGGACCUCUUAGGAAUUGCUAGGCAGUAUGCACAAAUUGAUUUACCAGCAUUUACCUUCGGGUGUCUCUUGUUAAUUCCACAUGUUGAAAAAAGAGAGCAACAAAUUCAGGGUUUUCUUAGUACUUGCAAUGCAGAAGCUGUUUUACUUCAAGCAGCAGACUGCAUGAACACUGGAGAAGUAGCUGGCAUUGCAUCACAGAUAAAGGAUUUGAUUUUGGACAGUGUGAUUAAGAAGGGACAGCUUGAAAAGUUUGUGAAAACAAAAUGUUUCAACGUGCUCAAGACUGAGGCAAUCGAUUCUAAUAGAUUAAAAGAACUGGCAGAUUAUCUGCUGAAAAAGAACUGUUUAGAUGAUGCUGCUGAACUUGUAAUAGAAUGUCUAAGUCGCCGUGGAAAAUCUUACUCAAGAGAUGCGACAUCCCUGGACAUUGUGAAGAGCUUUCUAAGCGACCAAGCUUCUUAA